GGCUGGGUGGCGGCGGGCCCCGGCCUCAUUGAACGCGGGGACACCAUCGCUCGUCGGUCUGUGCCAGCCAAACGCGCACGCCAGCAACCAUGUCUAAGGGACCUGCAGUUGGCAUUGAUCUUGGCACCACCUACUCUUGUGUGGGUGUGUUCCAGCAUGGAAAAGUGGAAAUAAUUGCCAACGAUCAGGGAAACCGAACCACCCCGAGUUAUGUUGCCUUUACUGACACUGAGCGAUUAAUCGGUGAUGCUGCAAAGAAUCAAGUAGCAAUGAAUCCUACCAACACGGUCUUUGAUGCCAAGCGCUUGAUUGGACGUAGAUUUGAUGAUGCUGUUGUCCAGUCUGACAUGAAGCAUUGGCCUUUCAUGGUGGUGAAUGAUGCUGGCAGGCCCAAGGUCCAAGUGGAAUACAAGGGAGAGACAAAAAGCUUUUAUCCAGAAGAGGUGUCAUCCAUGGUUUUGACAAAGAUGAAGGAGAUCGCAGAAGCCUACCUUGGGAAGACUGUUACCAAUGCUGUUGUCACAGUACCUGCUUACUUCAAUGACUCUCAGCGUCAGGCCACCAAAGACGCUGGAACUAUUGCUGGUCUCAAUGUACUUAGAAUCAUCAAUGAGCCAACUGCCGCUGCUAUUGCUUAUGGUUUAGACAAAAAGGUUGGAGCUGAAAGAAACGUGCUGAUCUUUGACUUGGGAGGUGGCACUUUUGAUGUGUCAAUCCUCACAAUUGAAGAUGGAAUCUUUGAGGUCAAAUCUACAGCUGGGGACACCCACUUAGGUGGAGAAGACUUCGACAACCGAAUGGUCAACCAUUUCAUUGCAGAGUUCAAACGCAAGCAUAAGAAGGAUAUCAGUGAGAACAAGAGGGCUGUCCGUCGCCUUCGUACUGCUUGUGAACGUGCUAAGCGUACCCUCUCUUCCAGCACCCAGGCCAGUAUUGAGAUUGAUUCGCUCUAUGAAGGAAUCGACUUCUAUACCUCUAUCACACGUGCCCGAUUUGAAGAAUUGAAUGCUGACCUUUUCCGUGGCACCCUGGACCCUGUAGAGAAGGCCCUUCGGGAUGCCAAGCUUGACAAGUCCCAGAUCCAUGAUAUUGUCCUGGUGGGUGGCUCUACUCGUAUCCCCAAGAUUCAGAAACUCCUCCAGGACUUCUUCAAUGGAAAAGAGUUGAAUAAGAGCAUCAACCCUGAUGAGGCUGUUGCUUAUGGUGCAGCUGUCCAGGCAGCCAUUCUCUCUGGAGACAAAUCUGAGAAUGUCCAAGAUCUGCUGCUGCUGGACGUCACACCUCUUUCCCUCGGCAUUGAGACGGCCGGCGGCGUCAUGACCGUCCUGAUCAAGCGCAACACCACCAUCCCCACCAAGCAGACCCAGACCUUCACCACCUACUCGGACAACCAGCCAGGCGUGCUCAUCCAGGUUUAUGAAGGUGAGCGUGCCAUGACCAAGGACAACAACCUGCUUGGCAAGUUUGAACUCACAGGCAUACCUCCUGCACCUCGUGGUGUUCCUCAGAUUGAAGUCACUUUUGAUAUUGACGCCAAUGGCAUCCUCAAUGUCUCCGCUGUGGAUAAGAGCACAGGAAAAGAGAACAAGAUUACCAUCACUAACGACAAGGGUCGUCUGAGCAAGGAAGACAUUGAGCGCAUGGUCCAAGAAGCUGAGAAGUACAAAGCUGAAGAUGAGAAGCAGCGGGACAAGGUGUCUUCUAAGAAUUCACUUGAAUCCUAUGCAUUCAACAUGAAAGCAACUGUUGAAGAUGAAAAACUUCAAGGCAAGAUCAAUGAUGAGGACAAACAGAAGAUUCUUGACAAGUGCAAUGAGAUCAUUAACUGGCUGGAUAAGAACCAGACUGCAGAGAAGGAAGAAUUUGAACACCAGCAGAAGGAGUUGGAAAAGGUCUGCAACCCCAUCAUUACCAAGCUGUACCAGAGCGCAGGGGGCAUGCCAGGAGGAAUGCCUGGCGGCUUCCCUGGGGGCGGAGCUCCUCCCUCUGGCGGUGCCUCCUCUGGGCCCACCAUUGAAGAGGUCGACUAAGCCAGCCUUGAGCAUAGAUCUAGCAUUGUUCCACACAAAACAUUGAAGGACCCAAAUUUGUAGCAAAUUCCAUGGCAGUUUUAAAAGUUGAGCUGCUAUAUAGUAAAUAACUGGGCAUUCUUGAUACUUGAAUACGGACUGUGCACAGGGAAAGGAAAUAUAAUGCACUUUAUAACUGUAUUGUAAAGUGGAAAAUGCGAUGUCUUAAAUAAAACUAUUUAAAAUUGGCAACAUAACAAUUGCCUGGCUCUUAUGUUUUAUAAAGGCAGCACUCGACUUUCUAGGGUGGGAUUUCCCUCUGGCCUUAAGUAUUUACAUACAGUAUCUGGGUUAAGGAUAGAUUACUCAAGUUAAAUUACUAAGGAAGGUUUAAAUGAAAAGAAAUGGGAGAACUUUAGAGUUUGGGCUCAUAAUUUAGUAUAUGGUGCUAUCAACACUAAAAUGUUGAACUUCGGAUACAGUAAUUCCUUUCAGGAUUAAGUUCUUGGAAAGGAAGUGCUAAAAAGUGAAUUCAUGUCAAAGUUUGAAUAAAAUUGAAUCACUGAACAAUU